GGCACUCCGCUAUUUACCGGCGACUUGAAACAAUCGUCAGGGCUGAUCACGUAUCAGGACUUUCCAAUAUUGGUCUUUGGUCUAAUUCGAUUUCUUGAAUUGAUCUUUGUUUACGAGGAAACCCAGCAAACACAGUGCAUUGGGGUCUACGAAAAUUAACAACAUGAAGCUUUCAAGCUGCAGAAAAGGACUCUGUGUCCUUGCUGUAGUGACAACUCUUUUUAGUUUUACCUCUGCCCGUCUUGCUGUGAUGUCUGUAGAUCUCGGAGGAGAGUUCAUGAAGAUUGCCAUUGUAAAGCCUGGUGUUCCAAUGGAGACAGUCCUGAACAAAGAGUCAAGUCGAAAAACUCCCACCAUGGUAGCAUUUCGAGAUGGAGAAAGACACUUUGCCAGCCAGGCUCAAACUACUGCUAUCAAGUUCCCUCCCAAAGCCUUUUUCUACCUGGGUCAGAUUGUUGGCCGCAGUUACGACGACCCUCAGGUAGAGCUGUACAGGAAGAGGUUCCCGUUCUACAACUUGCUCAAGGAUGAGGAGAGGGGCACAGUGCUCUUCAAGAUUGAUGAUGACACCUCUUACAGCCCUGAGGAAUUGUUGGGUAUGAUCUUGGAAAAGGCUAGAGAAUAUGCUCAAGAAUUUGCUGAACAAGAGAUCAAAGAUGCUGUGAUCACUGUGCCGGCGUUUUACAACCAGGCGGAACGCCGCGCUGUCAUGGCGGCAGCCAACAUGGUGGGCCUCAACGUGCUCCAGCUGAUGAGCGAUAACGCUGCCGUUGCUCUGAACUAUGGUGUUUUCCGACGCAAGAAUUUCAACAGCACCAUGCAGUACUAUAUGUUCUAUGACAUGGGAGCUACCAGCACAACGGCUACCAUCGUUGGGUACAACGUAGUGAAAACUAAAGAAGGUACCCUCCUGGAGUCUAACCCUCAGCUGACUGUCAAGGGAGUUGGGUUUGACCGCACUCUGGGCGGGCUGGAGUUCACGCUGAGGCUGCGCUCGCACCUGGCCAAGGCCUUCAACAACCAGAAGAAAACGAAGACGCAGGUGGAGGAGAAUAACCGAGCCAUGGCCAAGCUGUUCAAAGAAGCGGAGCGAGUCAAGAAAGUCCUCAGCGCCAACAACGACCACACCGCUCAGGUGGAGGGUCUGUUGGAGGAGAAGGAUUUCCGAUCUCCCGUGACCCGGCCCGAGCUGGAGGAGAUGUGCCAGGAUCUGUUUGAGCGAGUCACCAAGCCUGUGGAGGAGGCGCUCAAGGUCUCCGAAAUCACGCUGCCGGAGAUCAGCGAGGUUAUUCUGAUGGGCGGUGGCACCCGCACACCAAAAGUGCAAGAGCUGCUGCUGAAAUUCCUUGGCAGAUCUGAACUGGGCAAGAGCAUCAACACAGAUGAGGCCGCAGCCCUGGGGGCGGUCUACCAAGCUGCUUACCUGGGCAAAGGCUUCAAGGUCAAGAAGUUUGGUGUCAGAGAGGGGAACAUCUACCCCAUCAAUGUUGAGUUUGAGAAGCAGAAGACAGAGGAGAGUGGUGAGAAGAGCAAGGUGAUCAAGCGCACCCUGUUUGGCCGCAUGAACCCGUUCCCCCAGAAGAAAGUGAUGACCUUCAACAAGCACACCAAGGACUUCCAUUUUGACGUCCUCUACAGCAGCCUCGACUUCCUUUCUGAGGCCGACAAAGGAGCUGGGCAGCGCUAUUGGUGGUCUGUUUGGAGGGUCCAGCCCAGAGGAUGACCACAAGGUGGAGGACACGCCGGACACGCCAGAGUGGGAAACAGUGUAUUUGUCAGCCAAUGAAGACGGUGACACCAUGAAGCCGGCCGGUGAAGCGGACGAUAAGGAGAGUGCAGGAGAUGCUGGCUCAGAAGGGCAGGAUAAGGGAGAGCAGACCGGGGCUAAGGAAGAGGAGAAGAAGGAUGCAAAGGAGGAACAGGGAGAAGGUGAGAGUGAUGGGGAGCAGAAAGACGACAAAGAGAAACCUGCGAAAGAGGAGGAAGCACCGAAGGAGGGAGGAGAGGAGACUGGGGAGAAAGCGGAGAAGUCAGGAGAGGGAGAAAAGGCUGGGGAGGAAGGAGCUAAGGAGUCUGACAAGAAAGAGAAAUCUGAAAAGAAGGCCAACAGCUCUGAGAAAGGCUCCGAAGGUGAGGCUAAGGAGACGGAGGAGAAAAAGCCGCCCAAGGUGGUGAGCAUCAAAGAGGAGAUCAAGGCCGAAGUAGAGGCUCUGGACCUCAAGGACAUUUCCACUGACCAGCUCAAAGCUGCCAAGAAAAGGUUGUCGGACCUGCGGGCGGCGGACAAGGCUAAGGUGGAGCUGGAGAAAGCCCAGAACGAGCUGGAGGCGUUCAUCUUUGACUUCCAGGACAAGCUAAGCCAGGGCCCGCACGAGAAGUGCACCACGGAGGAGGAGCGGGAGAAGCUGAACAAGAUGUUCAGCGAGGCCUCCGACUGGCUCUAUGAGCAGCCGGACGAUGCCAAGAAGUCUGAGUACACCAACAAGCUCAAGUCGCUGCGGGAGGCCACCAAGGACGUGAGCGUGCGCGUCUACGAGAUGGAGGAGCGGCCCAAGGCCCUGGAGGCGCUGCGCUCGGCCCUCAACCAGACGGGCCUGUUCAUGGCCACGGUGAAGAACAUCUCGGACGAGGAGGACCCCAUCUUCACCCAGGUGGAGCUGGAUACCCUGGAGAAGCUCAUCAAUGACACCACGAAAUGGCGGGAUGAAAAUGUGGCCGAGCAAAAGAAGUUGGCGCUGCACCAGAUGCCAUCCCUGAUCACAGAGGACAUUGCCCAGAAGAUCGCGGCCCUGGACAGAGAAAUGCGCUACCUCAUCAACAAAGCCAAAAAUUUCAAGCCUAAAGCUAAACCAAAAGAAGAGAAGAAGAAGGCGAGCAAUGAGACAAAGACGGAGAACACAACCACAACGGAGAGUCCGGAGCCCUCACAAGAAGAGGCUCCCCCGACUGAAGAGCCGGAGGCGAAACCGGACGAUGCAGCCGGCAGCGACACCCCAGCGGCAGACUCUCAGGAGAAGGCAGAGGCGCCCACCACCCCUGAAACGCCGACGUCUGACGACAGCGGAGAGCGUACCAGCUCGGGUAAGAGGCGGCCCAAAUCCAAGCGCAAGAGCUCACAGGCAGAGAGUCAAGAGGAGGUGUUGGAGCUAGACGCUGCAGCGGGGGACGCGGAGACCUCGACAGAGAAAGAGGCGAAGACAGAUAAAGACACAGAUCACGUGGAGUUAUAACACUGGCCCCCCACUCUAGAUGGUGUGUUCUGUCAGUUCUGUACAUUUGCUCGUGAGACCUCAUUGAUGGGAAAAAAAAAUAUUGCUGAGAUGAUCAUCUUUGUCAUCAUCAUCACAUAAUUGUCGUCCAUCAUCACCGUCAUCAUUUCCAUUCAUCUCUUCCUCGCCUCAGACCGGGUCAUCUUGUCGGUGAUGUCUGGAGCAAAAUGGUUAAGUUUGAAAGAGCCCUUUUUUUCUCUACAGGUGGGAGGGACAGAAAAUACUCUGCUUAGUUCUAGCUUCGUCUUUUUGGUUUCGUGAAUUGUUGGUGGGUGCUCUGAAGUGGCUUGCUCCUCCUUCUUUCUUAUCAAACACAUGUCGUCGGUAUCUCUUCUUCUUUUCCUUGUAUGUUACUUUCUGGUAACACAUCUAAUUUCUGAUACUCGCACGUUUUUUUGUAUUGCAAGUGCUGUAAAAGUCUUACGAAAUUUAAAUCUAACACCACUGAUUCUUAAAUACAUUUUUUAAAUCUUCAAGUUCUUACUGUACAAUGGAUUAGAUUGAAGAAAUUGAAUAGAAUCCAAGAGCUGUUUUAGCGUGUUAAGUUUUGCCCUGAGAAGGUAAAAGUGCGUCUUCUCAUGCUGGAGAGGGCAUCUGUGGUGUAGUGGUUAGCUGCUUUGCUGUUAGAUUGAGAGGACCUGAUUCGAUUUUUGUGCCGCGAGAAUUUUUGUCGAGUAUUAAGGUUGUUUUGCUGGGGUGAUAUAUCCCUCUCUCAGAACAGGUUUAACCCUAGCAAGCAAGGUCAAAGCUUGCUUCCUGAAUGAUCUAAAUUGUGUCGAUAGGAGCGUUAUAAUACCUACAGUUUAAACAUUAAAAUAGGCGGGGAGCUCAUUGUUGAAAAAUUUAAGUUUUUAUGUCAGUGAGAACUUUUUCUUUUAGUUGUCUUGGACUUUGCUACCGUGAUCCUGACAUGUUCAUAAUGAGUUUUCUACCUUCAGCAAGACGUUCUGAAACUUGAGUUAUUUUGGGAUUCUCUGUAUUGCCUAUUCACGCUCUUGACUCAGCUCUUUUAUCGGAAAUGUCAUGCCUCUUGAAGAAACUUUUAAGUAUCUACAGGGGCAUUUGACGCGUACCAUGUUAUUUAUUAUACAAUCCCUCCCUCACUCUGCCUGUCUCGCUUCUUCUGUUUCUGUCACUCUCUCCAUCUCUUCCGAUAAUUCGAACCAACUUGCUCACAAGUAAACAAUCUCAUCAAGCUGUUUAGUUUUAGUGUCAGAUUGUUUACCGAAAGUCUUUUUUUUAUUUGUCUGUGUAUAUGUGUUAAUUUUUCACCCGACAACUUGGAAGUUACCAGCAACCUCCACAAAAGUGACAAGUUGUGGUGAAUGUGUGCACAUCACAGCAAAUGGGUUGAAUAAAUAUUUAUCGAUUGUCAUGA